AUGGCCACCUCAGUUGCCCAGAAGCGCCUCAUCCAUGAAUACAAGAACCUUUCGACCAACCCGCCCGAGGGUAUUAUGGCUGGCCCAGUUUCUGAAGAUGACUUGUUCUACUGGGAAGCUCUGAUUGAGGGGCCUGGUGACUACCCUCUGAGCCCUCCUACUAUGAAGUUUAUCGGUGGUGGAGUGUGGCACCCAAAUGUGUAUCCGAAUGGUACCGUGUGCAUCUCCAUCCUUCACCCACCCGGUGAUGAUCCGAAUCACUACGAACAUGCAUCUGAACGUUGGUCCCCCAUCCAGAGUGUGGAGAAGAUUCUCAUUUCAGUCAUGAGUAUGCUUGCGGAACCGAAUGAUGAAAGCCCUGCCAAUGUCGAGGCUGCUAAAAUGUGGCGCGAGCAUCGCAGUGAAUAUGAGCAAAAGGUGCGGGAUGAGGUGCGCAAGGGUCUGGGCCUUUGA